AUUAACGGAGUCGACGCUAUUAAGCGUCGUACCUGUAAGACUCAACAGUAUCGUUGCGACAUCCGUAGGAAGUGCACCACGGGACUGCUAACCCCCAAGUUAACUUUUGGUGAUUGUUAUCAUACGCCUGUUUGGUUGUGCGGAGAAAAUUGGGACAGAGAAAAAUUUGUUUUGACUAAAUACGUUACAGUUUAUUCAGAAUACAACAGAAAAAUACUAGUUAUGUUGUGGUUGAGUGCUAAUGUAGGACAUCAAGUUGACAUAUAACUAGGUUUCUGAAUGUCACCAUUAUAUAACUGCCUUCUCAUCGAAAUUCAACGAAAAUAAGGGAAUAGUAGUCAAAAUAUAGUAAUGAAGAAAGAACCGCACAAUGGAUUGGGAUUUCUAGAGUGAGAGUCCCAAAAGCAACGCCGCCAUGUUAGGGGCAGGAUUCGAAUUCACGUUCAGCUAAUAUGUUCUUAGUGGUCUCUACAAUACUGCUUCUCAGUACCGGUUUAGCAGGUUCGAUGCCCGGAGGUCCAGGUGUUCCUGAAAAUAUCACUGUGACUUUUCUCAACCCCACAUCGGUCCGUGUGUCUUGGGCCACGUCAGUUGCGAAUGCAGACAAAUACGAUGUUACGUACAAACCCACAGAUGCGAGUUACAGAGUGGUGGCGGUGGUGGCUGGAAACUCGGACGCUGUGACGCUGAGCAGUCUCAAGGCUGACACUCAGUACCAGGUGACCGUCGCCGCAGUUUGGGCCGGAAAGAAGUACCGGAGUAGGCCUAUUGUCUUCCGAACCCUGGAGCCGCCGCGGACGUCGCCCCAGCAGGAUCCGAUGGCAGCCGUCUUCUCGACGGCGGAACCGGCCGUCGCGACGUCAAGGGACAGCAAGGAUGCCCAGUCAAACGACGAUAUGGUGGAGUACCCGCAGACCAGUUCGACGGUCCGUGGUGUAGAAAUAGGUAUAGUCCUUCUAGUAUUAAUCGUAUGGGUAGCAGCCAUAGCGCUCUUCUUCAACCGGUGGGGCAAAAUCCGAAUGUUAUUGCCCUACCAACCGGACUACAAACAGGAGCAACUGAAAGUACCCGGAACAGCGGCGUGCGCAGCGGCAGUCGCAACGGGGGCGGCAUGCACUCACACGUCAGGAGAACACAUCUGUCAACAGAUUCAUGCAGUACCUCCUCGAAAACCAAGGCCUCGCAUGAACUCCGCCAUCUUCGUAUCGAACAGCGGGCCUGGACUGGACCCCAAGGAGUUUUUCCGGAGACACGGAUCCGUUUCCAGACUCUGCAGGAAAGCCAGAAGCGUGGACAACAUCUCCUUGGAGGAGAAACAUUUUGGACUUCCCCAGCUCUCUAUAUCCGGACCUUCUCCACCGGAAGAUGAAGAAAAAGAGGUGGAGGUGGACGCUGAUGAAUCUGAACAGCUGAUGCUGAUUGAGUGAUUUUCAUUGGAUUUUUUUACUGGUUUUCUUCUAGGUUGUUUCAUAAAGAUUACACUUUACGAAGUCGCUGAAAAGUUCUAACAAUAUCGACAAGGAAAUUUUCUCGAAUUAUAAUCAUGGAAUGAAUGAGGAAUGAUAUUUUUCUGAGGGGAACUAUUGUAAUCACUCAAUUAUAUACAGUGUGUGUCAUAUCGAGCUUCGUUAGUUGGAGAUAAAGAAGUGUAAUAUUGAAUAAAUGUUUCGUAUAAAAGUUUAAUAUAUCUGUGAAAACUAUUUUUCGGAUUUUUUGCUGUGAUCGGCAGGUUUUAAUGCCUGACAUUUCGUCUACAACUGCGUUAUAUAUCAACAAAGAAGAUAUGGUAUCGGUCGAAGCACAGUAAAAAUCAACCAGUACGUCCACUUCCACUACUUUCAUUCAUAAAGCCACAAAAUUCUGGGUGACCUCGAAAUGAAGUGCGGAGCCAAUUUCGUUCUUUUACCAUAGGUGUACGCUUAUAUAAAAAUGAAAUUUAAGGAUAUUAAAGAAGAUUUUGUGGUAUACAUUUUUAAGGCUGUCGAAACGGUGGCACUGAAUAACUGGGUUGCAAAUUCAACUUUCAUUUUCUUGAAGUAAGUGGGAAAAACAUGAUAAUAUGUUAGUUUUGGAUCCCCACGAAUUUUGAUACUUUUUUCUUCGGUAUAAAAUUUAAUUAUGUAAUCCCAUGUAAUAGUUUUAUCCCAUAAUACAAAAUUAUAUUUCAUUAGCAUAUUUCUCAUUUACAUAAAAAAAUUGAUUAUCGG